CACAGACGCAGUAACUCGACUCACAAUUGACUAUAACACGUAUCGCAUCCCGCAUGUCCCAGCUACCCCUCCCAGAAGGUUGGAUUCGGGAAUACGACCCUCAACAGAAGCACCCAUUCUGGGUUGAUACAAAGGCAAAGCCACCACGAGCAAUAUGGGUGCACCCCUACGAAGACGAGCAGUUCCUUUCUGACAACCCGGAUAUCAAAGCGAAAGUAGAGAAGCUCGAAGGAGCACCGUCGGUAGAUCCCCCUCCGUACGAACAGCGACGUCAUUCAUUCAGCGGUGGAGAGACGAGUGCUCCAUUGCGCAGCAACACAAAGUCUUCUGGUAGUGCAGUCAAACCACCGACUGACGAGCAGCAUGAGGAGCGAAAGCGCGGGAUGUUCGGGAAGCUGAAAGACAAGGCAAUUGGUACGAAGGAAGAGCGGGAGGCACACAAGAGACAAAGGGCUGAAGAACGUGCGCGAGAGGAGGAGCAACUUCGGGAGGCACGGAGACGAAACCUGGAGGAACGUGCUGCGUACUUGCAGCAGCAUGGUGGAUAUGCGCCAUACGGCGGAUCUACUAGCUAUGGUUACCCACAAGCAGGGUAUGGUAUGUAUGGCCCACCUGCUGGAGACCCAUAUGGAUACAAUGGAGGUCGAGGUCGUUACGGAGGUCGGAGUGGAGGGUUUGGAGGAGGGGGAUUGGCGUUACCUUUGUUGGGUGGAUUGGCAGGUGGACUUUUACUUGGAGAUAUACUUGACGGAGGAAUGGGUGGUGGUGGAUUUGACGGUGGAGGUGGUUUCUUUUGAUUUACCUAUAUACCCGAAGAAUUUGUACUUCGUAGUGUUUGCUAAAUGACAUUGAAUGUGGGAACUAA